AUGGCUCGAAUUCUGGUGCUGGGUGGGACCAGCUACGUGGCGCAGUUCCUGCUACAGCGCGUACUGCAGGACGAUGCGCUUCGAGUUGCGAGUGGAGACCAAUUGGGGGAAAUAUCAGCAGUGGCGUGCACUAUUCGCAGUGAACCGUUCUCGCCACUCCCUGCUGGGUUUGUGACGGCGGGGUCGGAACCCGCAGCUCGAGCGGUGCGAGUGUACUGGCAGGUGGAUAUUGUGGACGAGGAAGCUCUGGAGAAGUGCGUCCAGGACUUCCAUCCGACGGUGGUCAUUAAUUGCGCAGCAAUUUCAUCGCCUGCAGUAUGCCAGAAGGACCCGAACAAGGCGUGCGCUCCUCGAGGUGUGGUAAAUUUGCUGGAGAAGCUUCCGUGGCGAACCCGCUUCGUGCACUUUUCAACGGACUUCGUCUACGAAGGAACUCAAGCGUGGGGUGAAAGCUACGAGGAAGACGCUGCUGUGUCCUCAUCGAAGCUGUCGGUGUAUGGGGCCAGCAAAUUGCGCUUCGAUCAAUUUCUCUUAAGUGGUCAUUGGUCGGCGAAUUUCGAGUUUCUGGUGCUUCGCAUCGCGAACGUUGUUGGACCAGUAGCUCCUGUGUUCCCGAACAAGAGUGCACCUAAGUUCAUGCAGUGGCUUCAUCAGCAACUCUUCCAACCCGAGACUGCUGACGUGCCUCUGAAACUCUGGAGUGACGAGUUCCGCUCGUAUCUCUACAUCCACGAUUUGGUCUCCAUCCUAUUCAAGUUGCUGGCGACCAACGCUAACGCAUCCGCUACACUUGUGAAUCUCGGUGGCUUGGAGGCGCUUUCGCGCGUCGAACUCGCUCGUCGGUAUAUCGCUGCCGGUGCGAAGCAUCAUGUCAGCGCAGUUGCUACCGUAACUCGGGCGAUUGAGCCGACAGCUCGGGCACGAGUUGACCUGGGAUACCCUUCACCACUCAACACAAAGCUCAGCACAGCACGCCUCGCUCACCUACUACCAGAUUUCGAGUGGACGUCAACGGAUCAAAUACUAGACGAGAUCAGUUGUAGUAUUCUUGCUUGA